AUGCGAGGUCUCACAACGGGCCUGAAGCAGCCGUCGGGGAAGGGCCAGCGCCUCAUCGGUACGCAUAUCGGCAGCGAAGAUGGAUUUGUCCCUGGGUGCCUGGACGUCUUCCGCGGCAAAAAAACCGGCGACUACCACGAGGAAAUGGACGGCCCUCGGUUCGAAAAGUGGUUCGACGAUGUCCUCCAAAAACUGCCGACGGGGAGUGUCAUCGUAAUGGACAAUGCCCCGUACCAUUCCCGGCGGUUAGAGGCGGUGCCGACGACCAGUUCCCGGAAGGAGCUCAUCCAGGGCUGGCUCACGUCGAAAGGUAUUGCUUGGGACGCCAAGAUGCUGAAGAGGCAGCUCCUUGAGAUCGUGUCGUCGGUCAAGCCGCAGUACGUGAAGUACCGUGUGGACACUGCUGCAGAAAGGGCUGGUUGCACAGUGGUCAGGCUUCCACCCUACCACUGUGAGUUCAACCCAAUUGAACUCAUCUGGGCACAGAUCAAGAAUCGUGCCGCAGCCCGAAACACAAUGUUCAAGAUUGGCGACGUUGAGAUACUCCUCAAAGAAGAAGCUGAGCAGGUCACGGCUAGUAACUGGUGCAACGCUGUGAGGCAUGUCGUCGAAGUGGAAGAAAGCUUCAAACAAGGAGGAACCACAAGUGCUCUCAUCGAGCCAAUCGUCAUCGCUCUUAAUGAAGGUGACACUUCUUCUGAGAGUGACAUGUCCAGUGUGGGGCCCCUCGACGACCCGUGA